AUGCCGGACGCACCUCCACCCGGCCUCGGGACCAGCGUGCCGCCGCCGCCACCGCCGCCGGACGUGUCCUCGUUGCGCGAAUGGCGUCCGUCGCGCCGCGACCUGUUCCUCAUCAUCAUGGGAGGCGGCUUCGUCUACUGGGCUGGCACCAACGCCCUCCUCCCGUUCGACACCUACCGCGGCCCGAACGGCACGACUUUCGUCAAGGGCGACAACGGCAUGGUCUACCAGCUCUUCCGCGACAAGCUCGACAGGCAGUGGAUGGUCGACGUCGUCUCCGGCACGGCGUACAUGGACACGGGCACGAACGCGGGGUUCGUGGCCGCCACGCGGAACGGUUCGAUGUACGCAAUCUACCCGACCCGCGAAGGCAAGAUCGCGCGGCGGUACAUCGGCCAGACGCAGGACCUGAUGACGGUGCCGACGAAGCAGUGGGGCCUCGUGACGGGCUUCCCGUCCGAGGCGGGCCUCAUGCCCCCGAACGCCCCGCUCGAGGUUGACACGACGACCGGCCAGCUGAAGUUCCCCAGCGUGCUGGACGAGGGCGUGAUAGAGCUCAAGCAGAAGUCCUUCGUCGGGCCGUACGACAAGAGCAAGCCGGACCCCAUCGACGCGCGCAGCAUCGGCCGAUGA